UCCGCGCAGGGUUUAGCCGUCUUUCUGGCUAUCCUGAAGGUUUAAGUGGGAACACGAGUGUACCGCGGGAUUUGCUAAUCAAAUUUUUCUCAGUCGGGGAGGAAGGCUGCUUGAUACCGCGGUCCCGGUGCCCCCGGGCCGAUAAAUCUCUGAGAUGCACCAGAGCUGAUGACAAGGGUUUUGCAGGUGAAAAUCAAGCGGCGUGCACGGCGGGGGGAAGGAGCCGGGAGGAGAGGACGUCUCUGCCUGCUCCCCAGACACCGGUGUUCAUCCUCCGAGCCACGGGCAGGCUCUGGGAGCUGACCCCCAUGCUCUCAGGACACAUGCCUGGAGGUGCCCAUGGGAUCCUCUCGCUGAUGACCGUGGUGUUCGUCCUCCCAGAGGCAUCCGGACUCCAGUGUUAUGGCUGCAACAUCAUCGUUGGCACAAAAAACGUGGACAUGGGGUGCUCUAACCCAGAGGUGAUCACCUGCUCCCACUCCCACCAGGGCUUCAAACACCGGUUCUGCAUUAAGACAGAGAGCGUGGUCCUGGGCAUCCUGCUGACCAGCGGCUGUGCCACCUCCCGUCACUGCCAGCAGCAGGAGCUGCCGGGGGUCCGCAUCCACUGCUGCGACACAGAUCUCUGCAACGGCUCCCCCAGAGCCCCCCGGCCGCCCCCCGGCCUCGCUGGUGCCUGCCUCCUGCUGCCCUGCGUCCUUGCUGCCCUGCUCCUCUCCUGAACCCCCGGGGCUGGGGCGGCCGUGGGACCCUCGGGAGCGGGGCAGGAGCGGGGAUGUCCCUGUCCCUGCUCUUAAAGGUGCGGGGGAAGCCCCCCCUCUCCCCUCUCCUCAAUAAAAAGUGCCGAAUGCUUUGCCCUCGAAA